CAACAGGUCACGUCGUGGGAUCUAAGGGACACACACCGAGACUUUAAACUUCGAAUCACGAGCAAGUGCCAGACGCUGCUAGGCUCUGCCGCGCAAGCGCAGCACUGGGGCGUGGCGGUCGCACCUGCGCGAGUUGGGUGAAGGAGGAGGAGCGCAGUGACGCAGGCGUAAUAAUAGAGAAGGUGCCAGAAAGAUCCAAAACAAGUGGCUGCGGCCGUCGCCCAGGAGUCAUCGGACGCCGGAAUCUGGUUGGUCGGUGGCAGGUUCGGAACAUACCACCUGGAGAGGGGCGCCUGGGCUUGGCUGGCCCGACUAGUCGCUAGACUGGUGGGGUCUGGCGUCUCGACCUGUUACUAGGGUACCUGGGGUGAUACCAUUCCUGUCCGUGGGAGGGGGAGGCUGAGACCGUUGAGGGUAUGGGGCGACCCAAUCCGGAGACACCUCAAGGGGGUCACACGAAUGGCCUGUGUGGGCUCUGGGCCACCGCGUCGCUGACCACGACAUCCUCCCCGCCGUGUGGGUUCUAGGCCCUGGUUCUGAGCUUGUUCCGCACCCCUCCCCUGGGAAUGGCGUUGUCCGGGUCGACCCCGGCCCCGAGCUGGGAGGAGGAUGAGUGUUUGGAUUACUACGGCAUGCUGUCGCUUCACCGUGUGUUCGAGGUGGUGGGCGGGCAGCUGACCGAGUGCGAACUGGAGCUCCUGGCCUUCCUGCUGGAUGAGGCUCCCGGCGCCCCCGGAGGCCUGGCCCGCGCCCGCAGCGGCCUGGAGCUGCUUCUGGAGCUGGAACGCCGUGGGCAGUGCGACGAGAGCAACCUGCGGCUGCUGAGCCAACUCCUGCGCGUGCUGGCCCGCCACGACCUACUGCCACAUCUGGCCCGCAAGCGGCGCCGACCGGUAUCCCCUGAGCGAUACAGUUAUGGCAGUCCUGGCUCUUCCAAAAGGACAGAGGACAGUUGCCGGCGUCGGCAACAGUCAGGUAGUUCUUCUGAUUCUCAGCAGAGUCAGUGGGACACAGGUUCCCCUCCCACCAAACGGCAGCGGCGGAGUCGGGGCCGCCCUAGCAGUGGUGCCAGACGGCGGCGGAGAGCAGGCCCAGCAGCCGUGCAGCAACAGGAGCUGGGCAGGCCCUCAUCAGAAGGCAAAGUGACCUGUGACAUCCGGCUCCGGGUUCGAGCAGAGUACUGUGAGCAUGGGCCGGCCUUGGAGCAGGGUGUAGCGUCCCGGAGACCUCAGGCACUGGCCCGACAGCUGGAUGUGUUCGGACAAGCCACUGCUGUGCUGCGGUCAAGGGACCUGGGCUCUGUAGUGUGUGACAUCAAAUUCUCAGAACUCUCGUACCUGGAUGCCUUCUGGGGUGAUUAUCUGAGUGGUGCCCUGCUUCAGGCCCUCCGGGGUGUCUUUCUGACUGAGGCCCUACGGGAGGCUGUGGGCCGGGAGGCUGUCCGCUUGCUGGUCAGUGUGGACGAGGCUGACUAUGAGGCUGGUCGGCGCCGCCUCUUGCUGAUGGAGGAGGAAGGGGGACGGCGUGGGACAGAGGCCUCCUGAUCCUGGAGCUGGCAGGACUGACCCCAGCUCCAAGUCUUGGGGCAACCUUCUUCCCUGGAAGAUGACUAUAUUGUCCCCAGGUGACCAUCACUUCAGCAGCUCUGAGGACUGCGUCAGAUCUGCAAGUUCCUUGACUGCCUCUCCUAUAGGAUGUGGGCUUUGAGGCAUAAACCACUUCCAGCUGCUUCCUUCCCAGUUUUCCCCCCCUCCAAGUGGAUUCCCUCAACUUUGGGUGCCUGGUUUGCUGAGCCCCAAAGCAGGGAGGUGUAGCCACAGUCACCAAAGCCCCCUGCACAUCAUGUCUCUCAGCUUGGGCUGAUGCUGGCUGGCCCCACACACUUUAGCCCAAGGGCUUCUUUCUCAGGAUCUCAGAUUUUAUUGUCCCCAUCAGGACUUCAGCCACAGCAGUGGGCUCUGGCACUGGGGUGCCUAUGGGGCUUGCUCACCUUGCCCCUUCACUCAUGUAACCAGCCAGGGCUCUGUGUGAUAUACACACAGACAUCAUCCACCUCUCAUCCCCUUCCCCUGCUCCCUGGAGCUAGAGACAACCUUGCCCUUGGACUCUUUGACCCAGAGUAUCACGUGGGUUUUGUGGCCACAGCCAUUCGAGGUCAGUGUUGUAUACAGAGCUCGGGCCAGAACUAGCCACUCUCUCAUGAAGGGAAGGCAAAGACUUGGGGCUGGUGGAAGAUGUUUUACAAAUUGCGCCAAUAAAACUGCCCUGGAAAGGGCAUAGGUGGGCAUCAA